AUGGUUCAUCAAGCAUCACCACCUUGGGCUCAGGCGGAGGGAGAGCAGAGUGGACCAGAGCUGGGUGAGGAGAAUCCAGAGACGCUGGCUCGAGGUAUUGACUUUGCCACUCGUAAGAUAGCCAAGUUGCUGAAGCCACAGAAGGUGAUUGAGCAAGAUGGGGAUUCGUUUACCAUCCACACGUACAGCAGCCUGAGGAACUACCUUGUUCAGUUUAAAGUUGGAGAAGAAUUCGAUGAAGAGACCAAAGGCCUGGAUAACAGAAAAUGCAAGAGUUUGGUCACCUGGGACAAUGACAGACUCACCUGUGUCCAGAAGGGCGAAAAGAAGAACAGAGGCUGGACCCAUUGGAUCGAAGGCGACACGCUCCACCUGGAGAUGUUCUGCGAGGGCCAAGUGUGCAAGCAGACGUUCCAGAGAGCCUGAUGGGCCCACCGGCAGAGCCAGGCGGGCUGCAGCUU